AGUCGUCUCGAAAUGGCCGAAAGAUUUUUGUAUCGUCAUGACCCAUGGAGGAGAUGACCCAAUAUAAUCUGUCAGUUUGUCACCAAAAGACAUUACUGUUCUGUCUUUCUUUUGGCUCUUUGCACUAAUUCUGCAGAACAGUGUAAAAACUUGAGUCGUUGAGUUUUGUUUUGUUCUGUUCUUAACAAAGACCAGUCUUGUUUCAUUUCCCACCGUUAGAUUAAGAUAACCUCAGAUUCUUCUUCUCUUAUUCCGUCCUGAGAUCUCACCUCAACCAUAAAUCUUCAUCCGACCAUACUCACUUGUUUCAAAUAAUAUCCGAUCUGUAAAACUUUUUGAAGAAUCUCAAUUCUUUCUCUCAUUUGCUGAAGAUUCAAUUAGGGUUCUUCCUUCCAUCAGACAUCCUCGUUGACUUUCUCUAAGCUCAAGAACAGAUGAUUCUCGUCACUCGAAUCAAAGUUAGGGUUUUGUAUCUCUAAGCAAAGGCAAAGACAGAGCCUUUUUGAUUGUUAUUUAUAGAAAGAACAUGGCUGCAGCAACUGCAAUGGAGCCAUCUUCAUCUAUAAGCUACACAUCUUCCCACUUAUCCAAUCCUUCUGUUGUCACCAAUCACCACUCAUCAUCCUCCAAUCUCGAAGCCGCGAGUUUAGCCAAGCUCAGCACCGACUUGGAGCACCUUCUCACCAGCUCAGAUUGCGACUACACCGACGCAGAGAUCACAUUCCAAGGAGAAGCUCGAGCGGUGGGUGUUCACAGAUGCCUUUUAGCUGCUAGGAGCAAGUUUUUCUUCGAGCUGUUCAAGAAAGAUAGAGAUGCAAAGAGCGAGGAGAAACCAAAGUAUCAUAUGAAAGAUCUGUUGCCUCAUGGAAACGUGGGGAGAGAGGCUUUCCUGCAUUUCUUGAACUAUGUAUACACUGGGAAGCUAAAGCCUUUUCCUGUGGAGGUUUCCACUUGUGUUGACACGGGCUGUGCUCAUGAUUCUUGUAAACCCGCCAUUGAUUUCGCUGUUGAGCUGAUGUACGCUUCGCAUACGUUCCAAAUCACAGAGCUGGUUUCAUCGUUUCAGAGGAGGCUUUGUAACUAUGUUGAGAAGUCACUAGUGGAGAAUGUUCUUCCAAUUCUCUUAGUCGCGUUCCAUUGCGACUUGACUCAGCUUCUUGAUCAAUGCAUAGAGAGAGUAGCCAGAUCUGAUCUAGACAGAUUCUACAUAGAGAAGGAGCUUCCUCUCGAAGUAUCUGAAAAAAUCAAGAAGCUUCGAGUCAAGUCAACGAGCACAGACGAGGCGGCUGAUAAAUUGGUAGAGAGAACAGGGAAAGUGCUCAAGGCAUUGGAUUCAGACGAUGUUGAGCUAGUGAAGCUUCUUUUGACCGAGUCAGAUACAACUCUAGACCAAGCCAAUGGUCUGCACUACGUAGUGGCGUACAGUGAUCCAAAAGUUGUGGCUGAGGUUCUAGCUCUAGACAUGGCUGAUGUAAAUUACAGAAACUCAAGGGGAUAUACAGUUCUUCAUUACGCUGCCAUGCGUAGAGAGCCGUCGAUUAUCAUAUCGUUGCUUAAGAAAGGAGCUAAUGCUUCGGACUUUACCUUUGAUGGACGCAGUGCGGUUAAUAUAUGUAGGAGACUGACUAGGCCUAAAGAUUACUAUACGAAAACCGCAAAGGGGGAUGAAGCUAGUAAAGAUCGGUUGUGUAUUGAUAUAUUGGAGAGGGAGAUUAGAAGGAAUCCAUUGGCUAGUGGUGGUGAUACACCUACUUGUUCUCAUUCUAUGCCUGAGGAUCUUCAAAUGAGGCUAUUGUACUUAGAAAAGCGAGUGGGACUUGCUCAGCUGUUCUUCCCGACAGAAGCUGAUGUAGCUAUGGACAUUGCUAAUGUUGAAGGGACUAGCGAGUUCACAGGUUUUCCUGUUCCACCGCCGUCAAAUGGUGCAACAGGAAACUUGACUCAGGUCGACCUGAAUGAAACGCCGUAUAUGCAAACCAAAAGACUGCUUACUCGUAUGGAAGCACUCAUGAAAACAGUUGAGACAGGUAGGAGGUAUUUUCCAUCUUGUUCUGAGGUUCUAGACAAGUACAUGGAUGAUUAUAUGGACGAGGACAUACCUGAUAUGUCGCAUCCGGAGAAAGGUUCGGUGAAAGAGAGGAGAUGGAAGAGGAUGAGAUAUAAGGAGCUGAAGAAUGAUGUUAAAAAGGCUUAUAAUAAAGACAAACAGGCUAAGAUUGCACGGUCUUGUCUCUCUGUUUCUUCACCUGAUUCUUCUCUUAGAGGUUCCUUAGAGAACCAAACAUGAUUAUGUGCCAUAAAUUAAUGCCAGUAAUGAGACUUCUUGGAGAAUGUUGUUAGUUUAGCUAUUUUUAUAGUAAAAAGAUUGGAGAUCCCAUUUUGGUUUUAGGACAUGGUUUGUAUUAAAUGGAAUUGAUUUUUGAAAUGUAUAUUAGAAUACUCUCAA